AUGGCUGACUUCGACCUCGCCUCGUCCUUCAUCCCUGCCCUGCAUAAACCAGCUGCUCUCCUGCCCAUAGCAAAGCACCGCCAAAGCCUCCUUUACGUCGUCGAGACAUACCCCGUUACGAUAGUCAUUGGUCAGACAGGCUCAGGAAAGACGACACAGAUACCCCAGUUCCUGGAGGCCGCUGGCUGGUGCACGGAUGGAAAGAUAAUCGGCAUCACGCAGCCUAGGCGCGUCGCUGCUACGACGGUGGCGGUGCGUGUCGCCGAAGAGUUCGGAUGUGAGCUCGGCAAGGAAGUGGGCUACUCGAUCCGCUUCGAAGAUGUCACGUCCGCAGAAACACGCAUCAAAUUCAUGACGGAUGGCCUUCUGAUAAGAGAGGCACUCGUCGAUCCACUGCUGAGCCGGUACUCGGUCAUCAUGGUCGACGAGGCGCAUGAGCGCUCCAUUAGCACCGACGUCCUCCUCGGCCUGCUCAAGAAGAUUCGCAGAAAACGCCCCGACUUGCGCAUCAUCGUGAGCAGCGCAACCCUCCAGGCCGAAGAGUUUCUCAAUUUCUUCUCCCACUCGAGCGACGAGCAGCCACCGCCAAAAGAGAAUGGCGAAGGCGAUAACACCAUCGGUAAAAUUGUCAAUCUCGAGGGUAGGACGUAUCCCAUCGACAUCCUGUACCUAGAGUCUCCCGCGGAAAACUACCUCGAAAAGGCGAUAGACACCGUCUUCGAAAUCCACACCCAGGAAGGAGAGGGCGAUAUCUUGGUGUUCCUUACGGGACGCGAGGAAAUCGACAACGCCGUGCAGGCCGUGUCGGAGAGGGCAGCCCAAGCGGGGAGCAAGUAUGAAGCCAUCCAGCCACUACCGCUAUACGCCGGAUUGUCGACGGAGCAGCAAAUGUACGUCUUCGACAAGCCGCCGGAAAACACGCGCAAGGUGGUCUUCUCGACGAACAUUGCCGAGGCGUCGGUGACUAUUGAUGGCAUUGUUCACGUUAUCGACUGCGGCUUCGUCAAAUUACGCGCCUACAAUCCCGUGACUGGGAUCGAGACACUCACGGCCACGCCGAUAUCAAAGGCGUCCGCGUCCCAGAGGGCCGGAAGAGCGGGUCGCACGAAGCCAGGAAAAUGCUUUCGGCUGUACACGGAACAGGACUACGAGAAUCUACCACAGGCGAACCCGCCAGAGAUCCAGAGGUCGAACCUGGCGCCCGUUAUCCUCCAGCUGAAAGCUCUGGGGAUUGACAAUGUUGUGCGUUUCGACUUUUUGUCGCCGCCGCCCUCUGAACUCAUGUCCAAAGCUCUUGAGCUCCUCUACUCGCUCGGUGCCCUGGACGAGUACGCCAAGUUGACACGACCGCUGGGCUUCCGGAUGGCGGAACUGGCGGUCGAGCCAAUGAUGGCCAAGACCUUGCUGUCGGCUCAGGCCUUUGGUUGCCUAAGCGAGAUCCUUACAAUUGCUGCGAUGACGAGCCUCGGCGGCAGCGUAUGGUUCUACCACGACGGCGAGCAAAAGCAGAUGGAGAGCUCGCGGCGCAAGUUUGCCGCUGAAGAGGGCGACCACCUCACCCUCCUCAACGUGUACACCGCGUUCGUCACCAAGGGAAAGAAGGAGUCGCGUUUCUGCUACGAGAACAACCUCAACUUCAAGUCCAUGACCCGGGCGGUCAGCAUCCGGGCGCAACUCAAGCGCUACCUGGAGCGGUUCAGCAUCACGGUGGACGAGUCCCUCGCGUCCCAGCAGCCCAAGUCGGACUACGCCAAGAAGGCCGAGCAGAUACGACGCUGUCUGACGGCAGGGUAUUUUUCGCACGCGGCGAGGAUGCAGCCCGACGGCACAUUUCGCAACGUCGCCGGUGGGACGGUGCUGCACGCGCACCCGAGCUCCCUCAUGUUCAACCGCAAGGCGGAUUGGGUGAUAUUCCACGAGGUCAUGGAGACGGGCGAGAAGACGUUCAUCAGGGACAUAACCAAGAUCGAAAAGGGCUGGCUGCUGGAGUACGCGCCGGAAUUCUAUACCGUCGCCAAGUCGAAGAGCUAG